GUUGGUUUUUAUCUGCAACUCUCUCUCUCUCUCUCUCUCUCUCUCUCUCUCUCUAUGUUACGUUUCUCUUUGCCACUCCCCUGCAACAGAGAAUAGAAAACCGUUUCUAGGGUUUGGCAGAUUCAACAAUUCUUCCCCUUCAUCAAUCGCACUUGAAUCUCACAUACAGACUCUCAUUCUUUAAUUUGCUCAACGUCGUCGUAUUGCUGGUCCAAGAACUUUCUGAAGUCUAAUUCUCCAUUUCUUUUCAUUUGCUCCAAUCUUGUUACUGCCUUCCGCUAAUUGGAGCUGCUUCGUUCUUGAUUUUGGGGUUCAAGUUCAAAAGUUUACGAGGUUUUAUUUGAAGUCCUGCAAAGGGUUUUUGCUUUUUUGAAUUUUGAAGAUUCUUUUUCGUUUUUCUUGUUUUAGUAAAGAACAGUGCUUUAGGGUAUCUUGUUUUAUAUAUUUUUCUGGUGGGGUGGGUGGUGAGAAGGCAUUCUUGAGGUAGGAUAUGAAUAGUGUAUUCAGUGAGCAGAUACUUGCAGACAAGCUCUCGAAGCUCAACAGCACACAGCAAUGCAUUGAAACUUUGUCACAUUGGUGUAUAUUUCACCGAAGCAAAGCAGAACUGGUUGUUGCAACAUGGGAUAAACAGUUCCAUAAUGCACAGAUGGUUCAGAAAGUUCCUCUCUUGUAUCUUGCAAAUGACAUCCUACAGAACAGUAAGCGUAAAGGAAAUGAAUUUGUUACUGAGUUUUGGAAGGUUCUUCCAGCUGCGCUCAAAGUUGUUAUUGAGGAAGGCGAUGAUCAUGGAAAGACUGUUGUCUCUAGAUUAGUUGGAAUAUGGGAAGAGAGGCGAGUAUUUGGCUCUCGUGCCCGGAGCCUCAAAGAACUAAUGCUUGGGGAAGAAGUGCCUCCACCCUUGGAAUUCAGCGGCAAGAAGCGCUCACGUUCAGUCAGAAUUGUAAAAAGAGAUUCACGCUCUAUCAGAACGAAACUUUCCAUUGGUGGUCCAGCUGAGAAGAUCGUAUCUGCAUUUCACUCGGUGAUCAGUGAACAUCCCACUGAAGAUGCUGAGAUGAGUAAAUGCAAAUCUGCAGUUCAUCGUGUAAGGAAGUUGGAGAAAGAUGUUGACAUAGCCUGUACUAAUGCAAAGGAUCCAAAGCGGAAAACUUUAUCAAAAGAACUAGAGGAGGAAGAAAAUCUUUUGAAGCAAUGUAUUGAAAAACUUAAAUUAGUUGAAGCAAGUAGAGUAGCGCUUGUAUCUCAAUUAAAAGAAGCUCUGCAUGAACAGGAAUCUGAACUGGAGAAUGUUCGGACUCAUAUGCAGGUAGCACAGGCACAGGCAGAAGAAGCCACGAACAUGCGGAAGCGACUCAAUGAUGAAGAUUAUGUAUUUAAACCAUCAAGUGCGACUAGUCCACCAACUGAUGGAAAUUCUAAAAGGGGACAAACACCUAGGAAAUCAGCUGCAGCCAUUGCAGCUUUGGUUGCAGACAAGCUUGCUGCUUCUAGUUCUUCUCAAUUGAUUAUGACUUCUGUUCUUUCUACUUUCGCUGCUGAAGAAGCGAAGAAUGCUGGUCUGACAAAGCCCUCCACGUCUUCAAAUUCAUUCACAUCCAUGCCCAAGAGUUCGGGGACUGAUUCAAUGUCCAAACCUGAAAGGUCCAUGCCAGUUUCAGAUGCCAAUGUUUUUAUGUCAGCACAGCCGCCUGCUGUGCCGCCAAACCAUUCGUACCAAUCAGCAUUGGUUCCCCAACCUCAGAAUCAAGCCCCCACCUCUCAAGGUCAAUUUCACAUGCUUCCAAACCCACCCUCCCAACAAUAUUUACAGCCAGCAGGAGGGGUCAUGAGCUCAUAUGGUUAUGGGAGCAUUCCACCUUUGCCUCUAGGACCACCACCUCCCCCACCUCAUAUGGUGAGUCCAAUGGUGCCUUUGACUCAACAGCCAUUGCAAAUGAAUCAACAGGCCGUACAAAUUACCCAGCAGCAACCAAUACCCUUAACUCAGCAACCUCCAGCUCCUAGUUUCCGGCCACUUCAGCCACCCGGAAUGGUGUAUUAUGGUCAUCCUCAUAAUUCUCAGUGAAUUUGAAUUAUUUAGGUAGACAGUAUAACAAAUGUGAAAUUUGAAUAACUUAGGUAGGAAUUAUAACCAAUGAGAAAUUUUGAGGAAAAAGCAUUUUGUGCCGAGAUCAAAAUUUUUGUUUAUUCAUUUGGGCGGCUUUGGUUUUUUUUCGUUUCUUCUGAGAUCAGCAUUUUGGCUCUAAUUUUUGGGGUCAGCAUUUACU